AUAUCCAGAGUGGUUCAAUGGACAUUUUCUCAGAGACAUCCCUGGAUAUUUAUGCUAAUGGAUUUCCUUCUAAUUGGACUGUACUUAAAGUGGCCACUGAAGAAGCCCCCUGGGUUGAUACUGUGUUUAUUGGGAAUAUGUCUAAGAACGGUUCCCUUGGUUGAGGGGGUUUGUCCAAGGCUGUGCCGCUGCGACAGCAAGCUGCUGUACUGCGAGGGGCUCAACCUCACAGACAUUCCCCGCAAUCUGAGCAGCGCUAUGGGCCUGUCCAUGAGAGAGAACAACUUGACCGAGCUGCGUGAAGGCCAACUGGUUGGUCUGUCACAGCUCACCUGGCUCUACCUAGAUCACAACAACAUUGACAUUGUAGAGGAGGGUGCAUUUGACAGGCUAAGACGGGUCAAGGAGUUAGACCUCAGCAGCAACCGCAUUGAGAGUCUGCCAAAUGGUACCUUUAGGCCCCUCCCAAACCUGCGUAUCCUGGACCUCUCAUACAACAGGCUGCAGGCACUAGAGCCUGACCUGUUCCACGGCCUUAGAAAGCUCACCAAUUUACAUUUGCGCUACAAUGCUCUCAAAUUUGUGCCAGUGCGGAUUUUUCAAGACUGCCGGAGCAUGCAGUUUCUAGACUUGGGAUACAACCAACUGCAGAGCUUGGCACGAAACUCCUUCGCUGGCCUCUUCAAGUUGACUGAGUUGCAUCUUGAGCACAAUGAGCUGGUUAAAGUCAACCUAGCCCACUUUCCUCGCCUCAUCUCUUUACGCACCCUGUACAUGCACAACAAUCGUGCCACUGUUGUUGUCAAUACACUGGACUGGACAUGGCAUUUUUUAGAGAAGAUUGACCUGUCAGCCAAUGAAAUCGAGUACAUGGAGCCACAUGUUUUUGAGAGCGCACCCAACCUCAAGGUGCUCAUGCUAGACUCCAAUCGGUUGACCUCUGUGGAACAGCGCAUCCUAGAUUCGUGGUCAUCUUUGGACAGCAUUACCCUGGCAGGGAAUGACUGGGAGUGCAGUCGCAAUGUGUGUGCCUUGGCCUCUUGGCUGAGUGCCUUCCGAGGCCAGCGUGAUAAUUCCCUGCUGUGUUCAAGCCCCGACACCGCACAGGGCGAGGAUGUGUUGGAUGCUGUCUAUGCUUUUCACCUAUGUGAGGAUCCCCAAAUGGAAGUAACUACAGCAGGCCUGUACGCCUCUACAAGGGAUCUGGCCCAGGGUGGUUCUGUUUUCCAGGGCCCAUUUACUCCUAACCCUUAUGAGGGUGAGGGUAGCGAGGUGGUUACCAGUUCUUUCACUGUCACAGUGGGCCACGAUGACCUGGAGAGCACCAUGCAGAUUCACAAGGUGGUGACUGGCACCAUGGCACUCAUCUUUUCCUUUCUCAUCAUUGUGCUCAUGCUGUAUGUGGCAUGGAAGUGUUUUCCAGCUGGAAUAAGACAACUUAGGCAGUGCUUCAGCAGUCAGCGCCGUAAGCAGAAGCAAAAGCAAAGCAUGCAGCAGAUGGCUGCAAUUUCUACACCGGAGUACUAUGUUGACUAUAAACCUAACCACAUUGAGGGAGCCCUGGUAAUCAUCAAUGAAUAUGGCUCUUGCACUUGCCAACAGCAACCUUCUCGGGAAUGUGAGGUGUGACCCUGAUUUGUGAGUAAGUCUUUACCUGUGAUUAUCUGGAUAUACAGUAACAUCACUUUUUUGGAUACACUGGGGAGGGUAAUAUUGCGGGACAGAAGGAAUAAAGGGAUCUUUUUGGACACUUUUUACACAGCUUCUCACUGUGAUGUCAAAGGAGUGUGCUUUACGCGACUAUUUUGCGGUGGAUUUACUGCUACUACUAUCUACUGCUGAGUUUAGGCCACGGGGCAUAAGUGGCACCUGACUCUUGGACCUGUUGAUGUUCUACAGAAACACAGAGGAAUACAUUGUGGGCACUGAGGCUUUUCUCUCAUGAGUGGAUAUUUGAGCUUUAAUGUGUAUUUUUACUUCAGGACAUUUAAUUAUUGUU